AUGGCGACAGCUUUGCAACAGCAGUUGGCGCAAAUCGCCAAAAAGUCGACCGACCAACUCGAUCUCAAGGCCCAACGCGCCCAGCACAGCAAGUCGUUGUUGUUCGACCCGCGAGUCGCUUCCAACCAGACCUUCGAGACCAUCUACCAAAUAUGCGCCGAGGCCUUCCACGAACUGUGCAUGCUCGACGCCCGCUUCGCGCCCUUUGCCGCCAAUCUUUUCAGCGAACAGUCAAAGUCCGAGGAGCGCAUCAACUUGACCAAAAAGGACAAUGAGCACCUGGAUCACAUCAUCGACAGCUUCUUGGGCCUCGUCAGCUCCAGGCUGCUGCUACGGCCAGGUCUCAAGGCCGUCGAGUGGCUUGUUCGUCGUUUCCGUGUGCACGAAUACAACACCGAGUCUCUUGUCCUCACCUUCCUCCCAUACCACGCAAAUCCCAUCUUCCCCACCAUGCUGUCCAUCCUACCCAAGACACUUCCUCCGACCUUAAAGUUCCUGCAACCAUACAUUCCCAGCCUGUCGAGUCCUCCCAGCCAAGCUCUGAUAUAUGCCGCCAUCAACAACCCCUCGUUCUUUACCGCCUUCAACACCUAUGUCGUCCGCACCUCCAACUUGGGCCACCACUCUGUUAUGCUUCUGCAAUUCUGGGCUGGUGUCAUGACCCCGACCAUCAACGGCAUGCUCGACGCUGCCAUGUCAGGCCGCGCCGACGUACGUAGCCAGCGUCAGGAGGAUUUGUUGCUUCGCGUCGUUCCCGUACUCCAGCAGACACUGCGCAUCAAGAACGUCCCAGAGCUCUUCCUCGGCUCCUGCAUGAUCAUUUGCGUCCUGGUGUCCAAGACUCAGCUCGACGACAAAGUCCUUGAUAGCCUCAUGGAUGCAGUAUCUCGUGGCUGGACUCCCCAGACCUCGGACCAAGGAUUGGCUACUGUCGCAAUCAUUGCUGAAGAGCGUCAGUCGUUGAAACUCACUCGUUCAGUCACAAGAGCUCUCAUGAGUCUCCCUGCCUUGGCAGCUCGUAUGCAUGAUCUCCAGACAAAACAGCAUAUUGGAAAGCUCCUUACUGGUCUCGCCAUGACUUCGCUCGACGAGGCCUCGGGCGACGAGGCCUUCGACCUGAUCGAGAACGCUGUCACUUCCAACAUCCUCAGCCUGCCCCAGAAGGCUGCCAUCGUCCGACUCUUGUUUUCUGCUGUCUCUGGCCUCCAUGCAUCGCCCGAAUCUGCUGCUUCUCAGGAGCGUCUUGCCCGCAUCUUCUCUGCCCUCUGCCAGUCGCCUAGCACACUGCCACUGGUACAGGCCGAGGCUGCUAGUCUAGACCUGAGCCUUGAGUCUGUCGAGGUCCAACUACAGAUCUCGUUGGCUCCGAGCGGCAUGUUGGCCUUGCCGUCAGCCGACGCUGAUACAGAGAUGGCUGAUGGGCCCGUUACUACACAGGCGGACCAGCUAGAUGAAGCACUUUCCGUGAUACCUCAGAGCUUGCCCAAGGACUACUCGUUCGUUGCCAACACCGAAGUUUCUCCUUUUGACACGUUUGCUCGCGCCUUCCUGAUUCUGCUCCAGCAAAACAAGAGCCUGGACCAACUUCUCGGCAUGCCAGUACUUCACAGCGCAGACGCUUUAUCUUCGCCGACAAACUUAUCCUUCUUGGCAAGACUCUGGACAAGUGCUUAUCCGAUCGUUGCACGUGUCUCUGCUCUUCGUUCAGCUACUUCGCUUCUUCAAACCCACUCCUCCGAAGCCAUUGAUAUGCAGGCACUGACUCCCUUUGUGCUCGUGGCUUUGGCCGAUGCUUCAGAAGCUGUGCGCAAGGCUGCUGCUGGCUUGCUCAUUGCCAUCACUACUCUGUACCGUCCGGACGCAGCAAAGGGCAAAGUCAACGAAUCAUUAAAGCCAUGGGCAGCUCAGAACAUUUACGCAGCAGCUUCCAGAAAGUCGUCUUUGACUGGUCCCAAUGCUUACAAAGUCUUCUCUGAUGCACUUGUACCCAGUCUCGAAGAGUGCGUCCUUGACCCCAGUCAGAUAGCACGAGUGCUCGCUAGCUCCAUCAACGGCCCAACUCAAACACAGCCUGGUCAUCCAUCUGCUACCUCGACGGAUCUGAAGUCAACCCUGAGGACAUCGUUUGCAUCAUGGCUUUGCGAGCAUGCUGCUGCAGUGCCAUUGGCUGCUGUCAAAGUUCAACUUCUCUCCUUCUUGAGUCCUGUCGGUAAGGCUGCUUCUACAGGCCGUGUGCAGACCCUCGUCCCAUCUCUUCAAAGCUGGGUCCAAUCGGACAUGCAAACCCGAUCCGCUUCGUGCGCCUCUGCCCAUGUCGAUGUAGCAAGUGUUGACAAGGCUUACGUUGACUGUCUGACGAGUCGAACUUCGGAGGAGUUGACCUGCCUGCGAACACUUGCAAACGGAGAGCUGGGACAAAGUGCAUCUCUGUCCACUCUAGCGAUACAGAGAUUCAGAGCUUUGUGGCCCAGUAUGAAACCAAUUGCACAAACGUCUGCUUCUGCGUUCCUCCUUGACCUUGCGCUCGACGAUCAAGCGGACGACAUAUCUGAAGCUAGACAGUCAGAGGCUACCGAUCUUCUUCGCCAAGUAUCAAUGCCGACUGAAGUCCUCCUUUCCUUGUUGGAAUCAGUGCCUAGUAUUGCACAGAUGGAAGACAAGCCUCCAGCCACGAAGCGUAGAAGAACAAGCAGAUCUGAACUGGCGAAGUCACAAAGUAUCAACGUUGCAGAUCUACACAAUGUCAUCCGUAGAUUGACUCUUGUGCUGGAACUGAUCGAGGGCUCUCGUCCCGAAAGACAUCCGGAACUGCUCAAGAGCCUCUUCCACGUUCUGAGCGAGCUCCAGCACUACAGGACACAACUCGGAUCGAACUUAGUCUACCUGCAGCAACUGGUUAUCGGAUGUCUCUUCUCGAUCGUGGACUCGCUAAAACAGAGUCCUGCAGUCAAGGUCGACCGCUCUGUGUUGAGGGCAGACCUCAUUGUCGAGUGUGUUCGCACCAGCACCAACGCACAGAUUCACAAUGCUGCUUUGUUGCUCAUCUCGAGCCUGUCAGGCUGGGCUCCUGACUUGGUGUUGCACAGUGUGAUGCCAAUCUUCACCUUUAUGAGCAACACAUUGCUGCGACAAAGUGACGACUACUCGGCGCAUGUUAUCGACCAGACUGUAUCUCGAGUUGUUCCCCCUCUUGUCGCAUCUCUCCGCAAGAAGAAUCAAGACCUUGUCACUGGAGCUGCCGAGCUCUUGCUCAGCUUCACUGCUGCAUUCGAGCACAUUCCUCUUCAUCGCCGCUUGCGCCUCUUCAGUCAUCUUGUCAAUGCUCUAGGUCCCCAAGAGUUCCUGCCCGCCAUUACUGCCAUGCUCUUCGACAAAUAUCCCACAGACAAGCGGGUACCCACCUUCUCCGCCGAACUCAUGGGAUCGUUCUCACCUGAGGUUCAACUCAUCGCUGCAUCUCAAUAUAUCGAUCUAGCCACAAACGCUCUACAACCCAAAUCAGUUGUGUCUGAAGCAAUUUUUGGAUUCAACGAUAAGACACCAGAGCAGAUUGAGCAAUCGGUAGCACAUCUUCUGCGUUCCCUGGGACUUUUGCUGCAGCAACGUUCUCUCCAUGUACAAAUUCUCAAGGCUCUCGACAAAGACGCAAGUGCACAAGGUGAACUCCAGUCUGCUGCCGCCGACAUCCUGCAGAAAAUCAUGCAAUUCUCUUCUUCCGCAUCCAUCCAAGACAAGUCUGAUUUGCAGUCUGCUUCGAAUGACGUUCUGACAGCAGCGUUGAGCCUGCUUCCAACACCGUAUUUCGUUCGCACUGCGGAGGAGCUUUUGCAAAGACCCGAACAAGAUCUUCGACUUAUGGUUCUGCGUUCGCUCGAGCAACGCGGUCGUGAAGCCAAGCUCGCCGAUGCCACAGCAGCAAACGCUAUGCUGUCUGUUCUGCCAAGCGUGACCGGUAUCAUCAGUCACGAGAGUUCUAUCGAGUUAGUGCACAGCGCUGUCACAUGCGUCGAUGUCAUUUCAGAGAAGUUCGGCAAGAAGGCUACGGACAAGGUCAUGUCUGCUGCUCGUGUGGUUGCUUCCAAACAUGCAUUUGGCAGUCAGAAUGACGAGCUUCGCAUCAUCUCUUUGCUCUGUCUUGCCACAAUGGUGGAAGUACUCAGGGACGAUCUCGUUGACAUUCUGCCACAGAUUCUUACCACUUCAUACACCUACUUCGAUUAUGCCACUAAGAUUGAGUCCGGCAAUGCUCGCCUGCACGACGCUGUCUACUCUUUCUUGACAAAUGUCAUCGAGUACAUCUCAUGGAUGUUCUCUGCCGAGACUCUCGAUAGAGCUUUGUUGCUCACGCAACAAUCGGCCUGUAGUGAGGUCACGGACAUCCGAACUUCGAGCAGUCGUCCACAAUUUACUGGCUUGCUCUCUCAAAAGCUCGAUGCUAGGACCAUAUUGGCAGCUUUGGAGCGUACAUUCGACAACGCUGUCACUCUUGGCCACCAAGCUUGCCAGGAGGUUCUUGUCACUCUUCACACAGUGAUCAAGACGCAUCCCAAGUCGGCUCUGAUCAAGAACGCCUCGAUCUUGUUCUCAAUUCUCAACAAAUCAUUCGAUCUUCGCCGCCUGCUCACCCAACAGCCGAACUCGCCUGACAAUGAACAGCUUGCUGUGAUGGAAGCCCAGAGAGACAGUCUGUCCCUAGACGCCAUCAUGAGACUGAACGACACAACUUUCAGACCGUUCUUCACCCGCCUCGUGUCUUGGGCAGGCGAAGGUCUACCAAAAAAGGAACAAGCUGGUCGUACCCUUCGUCUUAUCAGUGUUUAUGGUUUCCUGGCUAGGUUUUUCGAGACCUUGAAGUCUAUCGUGACUGGUUAUUCUGGCUACAUCCUUGAGCAAGCCGCGUCCAUUCUCCAGAACGUCAAGCCAGAGAGUGAAUUGGAACAGCUUCUCCUGAAGGCUCUACUUCAAACACUGGUCGCAAGCUUCAGCAACGAUCAAGACGACUUUUGGCAAGCCCCUGCGCACUUUGACGCUAUCAUGCAGCCUCUGUUGGGUCAAGUGACGUUCGCCAAUGAACCUGAAGUUAGAGACUCGCUAGACAUUGUUUCUGCUGUCACUGGACUGGCAGGAGCUGCAGCAUCGCCUGAACAUCACAAAACUCUCAACUCGGCCAUUCUCAAACUCAUGAGACAUGACAACGAACUGACCAGAUUGGCAGCAGUCAAAUGCGAACAGUCUCUGACCGAGAAGCUUGGAGAAGACUGGCUUGCUCUUCUGCCUGAGAUGCUGCCAUUCAUCAGCGAGUUGCAAGAGGACGACGACGAAGACGUCGAGAGGGAGACGACAGCCUGGAUCCGCCAAAUUGAAGGCAUCCUUGGCGAGAGUCUUGAGGGCAUGUUACAGUAA